AAGGGAGUAAAAGCCUUUACAUGAUUUAUUUUGUAUAAAAGUUUGGAUUGUUAUUGUAAAUUCUCUUAUAUGUGAAUUGGAUUCAUAUGCAUAUAAAACUCAACCGAGUCCACAAGCCUUACAACUGUAGAAGCCGAUCCAGUGUGUUGGCAGCGAAAGGGUGAGACAAGAGGCUUCACCUGUAAUCAGACAAUUGUGGUCAAUGCGAGAGUCAUACCAUUACAAUGCAAGUAAAUGAAGGACACAACAGACCUUGCUCAGACCCAUUUUUACAGUGGAGUAAAUGGCAGUUGCUUGAUUCUCUUUUACCUACUGGUGGAUUUGCUCAUUCUUUUGGCCUCGAAGCAACAGUUCAGUCCCACUUAGUGUCUAAUUCCAAUGACCUUAAGACAUUUGUUAUCCAUAUAUUGGAGAAUACAGGAAGCUUACUCCUUCCUUUUGUGUACUCAGCUUCCAUGUUACCCAAUUUGGAAACUUGGCAUAAGCUUGACAAAAUAUUGGAUGCUACCCUAACUAAUGAAGUGGGUCGAAAGGCAUCAAUCUCGCAAGGAUCUGCAUUAAUGAGGGUGGCUUCAGCUGUGUUUUCCGAGGUUCCCUCCCUCAAAACCAUGAGAGAUGCUUCUCUGGGUUUAGAGACUGUAUCUUUUCAUCAUGCUCCUGUAUUUGGACUUAUAUGUGGAGCACUAGGAUUUGAUAGAACUAGUUCUCAGAGAGCUUACAUGUUCAUCACAAUGAGAGAUGUGAUUUCUGCUGCUACAAGGCUAAAUUUGAUAGGACCCCUUGGUGCAGCAUUGCUGCAACAUCAGGUUGCUCCUAUUGCUGAAGUUAUAUUAGAAAAAUGGAUGAAUCGAGUUGUUGAGGAAGCUUGCCAAACUAUGCCUUUGCUAGAUACUGUGCAGGGCUGCCAUGGUUACUUGUUUUCAAGAUUGUUUUCAUCCUAGAAGGCAAAAUGUGGAUAUUGCACUUAAUAUUUUGAUGUGUAAAAAGUUUGUUUGUAAUAGUGUUGCUUAAGUUUUUGAGUUUUCUAACUUCAAUGAUGCCCUCUCUUCAUUUUGCUGCAGAUUAUGUGAUAUGUUUUAGACCGAACUAAUUGGUACAUUCAUUUUGUGUACUAUUUGUUAUAGUGUUUGCAUUGUUGGCUUGUUCUUUUUGCCUC